AUGCCAGCAGCUAAGAGGGGACUCGUAGCACCACAAAAUACUUUUCUUGAAAAUGUGGUACGUCGAUGCAAUAAUGCAGAUUGCAGCUUUAUAUUAGCGAAUGCUCAAAUUGUGGAUUAUCCCAUUGUCUAUUGUAAUGAUGGAUUCUCUAAGAUGAUCGGUUAUCCAAGAGCUGAAAUUAUGCAAAAGCCAUGCUCGUUAUCGUUCAUGUAUUCGGAUCAUAGUGAACGUGAAGCUGUGCAAAAAAUUCAAAAUGCUCUUGACUCAAGUCGCACAGAUCAAACGGAGAUCGGAUUAUGCAAAAAAAAUAAGACGCCAAUAUGGUUACUGGUGCAUAUAGCACCGAUAAAAAAUGACAAAAAUCAAGUGGUAUUAUAUCUGUGUCAAUUUAAGGAUAUAACACCAUUAAAACGGUCAUUAGAUGAUGAAAAUAAUAAAGGUUUGAUGAAAUUUCAAAGUUCAAAAUGUCCGCCACCUUCAGGAUUAUCGCGGAUACUGCAAAUUGCUCGCAUUGCAAAAAGUAAACAACAAUUUAAUCAAAUUGAAACAAAAGACUUGCAAAAAUCAAAUACACUAUCAUCAUCGAAUUUCAACCAGGUUAUCAAAGUUUGUGUUUGCCGUAUGUUCUUUUCCUUUUUGCACAAUUCUUUUUUUCUGCAAUAA